CCGGCCGCGCGCCCUUAAAGGGGUCGGUGAGGGGGUUCAGGGCCCCCUCACGGGCGGUGGCGCCUGAGGGGGGAGGAAGUUGUGGUGUGUUCUCGGCUAUGGAGAAAUACGAGGUGCUGGAGCAGCUCCAGCCCGGGGCACUGGGCACUAUGCUGGAAGCUGAACUGAAAACAGGAAAGAGUGCCCAGAAGAAAUAUGUGAUAAAGCAGGUUGAAUGCAUUGAUCAAUACCAAGCAAGUGAGGCCUUGAAGGAGGCAAAGGAUUUGCUAAAACUUCGUCAUUCAAACAUCUGUAUUUACAAGGAAUUGUUUUUGACUUGGAACAAUGAGGUAUCAUCUCUGUUCCUCUGCCUGGUGAUGCAGCACUCAGGCCAAGGAGAUCUUUCAGCUCUAAUCAAGGAAAAAAGGCAGAAGUCAGAAAAGAUAAGAGACAUGGUGGUUCAGAGGUUCCUGGGACAGAUGGUGGAUGCUUUGUUUUAUACACACCAACAAAAUAUUUUGCACAGAAACAUCAAGCCAUCAAACAUACUCGUGACUGGUGAAGCCUCCUUCAUGCUUAGUGACUUCAGUACAGAAACACUUAUGAAAGAUGAGAUGAAAUGGAAAAUAAGAGUGGAAGAAAGUAGCAAGUCUUGGAUGGCUCCAGAAACAUUUGGAUUUUCUUUCACUGAGAAAUCUGACAUCUGGUCUCUGGGCUCUGUUCUGCUGGAUAUGCUGACCUGCUUUGUUCUGAAUGCAGAAGAGAUAACUUCCUUACUGCAGGAUAUCCGAGGGGAUAGCAGCUGUCUGGAGGGAGCCCUGACACUGGUGCAAAAUGCAGAUAGCAGCUAUUUGCCCUUAUUUCCAAUUUUAUGUAUGAUGCUACAGAUUGAGCCCAGCAUGAGACCCUCAGUAAAGGAUCUGGUCGACGUUCCAUUUGUCAGGGAAUGCCUGACUUUUAUUGGUGACACUUCAGUAACACUGAAAAAGUCUUUGCCUCCCAAAAUAACAGAUCUGCUCCUCGAGGGAGGAAUUGGAAGUGUUCUAGCAUUCAUGCAGGCUUCCUGGGAUGUUGAAGAAGUCCAGGCUAAAGGCAUUCAGCAGCUUGCCAGUUUUGUAAAGGAUAAAAGUGCCUUCCCCCAGCUGUUAAAAUGCACAGAAGUGAUCACUUUUGCCAUGAAGACUCAUGUAACUUCUCUCAAGUUACAACUAGAUGGCUGCAAGUUAUUGCUUGAAAUUCUUAGUCAAGCUCUGGAGCAGGGUGUGGUGAUGGCCCUGGAUGAGACAGUGGCCAGCUGCCUGUUGGCCACAGUGAGAAAACACUCUGGAAAUGAAGAGUUACUUUCGUUGCUCUGCACAUUAUUGAUGAUGGUUUCAGCCAGUGAAGUGACUGCAGAGAAUCUGAGGAAAGUUGGGAUAAUUCCAGACCUUCUGUCAAUUUUGAGGCGUUUUCUUCAUAAUGAGGAGAUCUGCUUCUCUUGCUGUGGGGUUCUCUGGAGCUUGGCUGUGAGUGGUAACUCAGAGAAUAAUGAAGACCAAGCAGUGCUGGAAGGUGCUGUCCCUGUCACCUCUGCAGUCCUUCAGGAGCACCUCCAGAACGGAGCAAUUGCAGAAUCCGCUUGCUCGGCUUUGUGGGCACUGUCACUCCAAGGCUGUUUAACUGACAGUGACUAUGAACCCACAACAGCACUUUUGCUGGAGGCACUCAGGAUGAACCCAGAAAGAGCAAUGCUCAUGAAGAAUGGCUGCCUGGCAUUAGCCAGCUUCCUAAGGGUGUCUGAAAUAGCAGCUUUGACAUUUAUAACGGACUCGAAAGGCAGUGGAAUAGAACUGAUCAAAGAUGUUUAUCACCUUUACUUUGACAAUUCAGGAGUGGUGGGAGCUCUCUGUCUGCUGAUGAAGGAGAUGGCUCAGUAUGAUGAGGUUGUGCUGGAUAUGCUGUCCCAGAAAAUGGACAAACUGCUGUCUGAAAUAAAAAUCCAGUUUCCAUUUAGCACGGAGAUAAUGACCCUCGUGGAUGCCACACUUUUGAAACUGCAGAAGUGAAAGGAAAACUUUUUGUCUAAAAACAAGACUUGUACACACCUGGAUAUAAAAGCUUGGAUCCUCCAGAAAUAUUUUAAAGGACUUCUCCUCACCAAUGAAUAUUGGCCUAUUACAUAUAUUAUACAAUAUAUAAACAGGUAUAUAUUGUUGGUUUAGGUACCAAAACUGUGUGACUAACAGCAAUAAUUUAGAAUUCACCUUAACAUAUCUGAA